CAUUUGAGCGCUCACCUUAGUUACCAGGAAGUGUUUGACAACACCCAGGGAGCUGGUGGGACGGUUUUGUCUAGAAGGGAUACAGUUUAUGUCACAAUGGACUUUUCGCAGCAGGUUAGGAUAAUUAACGUAACAGAUUAUGAGAAUUAGGUUAUGGUUAGGGUUAGCUAAAAUGCAACAUUCUAUUUUUUAAAUCAAUUUGACAACAACUGUAUCCUCUUUAGCCAAUACCUGGUGAGCCUUCACACGUUAUUCUACAGAGAGCCCAAAUCCAGCUACUCCUAUGGUAAAAGCAUGGUGUUGAGAUGAAGAUUACCGGGAAGAUCCUCACUCAUUUUCAGUCGUGCAGCUCACCCGUCGACAAAGAAGGAUACCUGUAUAAAAAGGGUGAGAGAAACACUUCCUAUCAGAAGCGCUGGUUCAUGCUCAAGGCAAACCUGCUCUUCUACAAGGACCGGCCCAACCACCGCGACCUGCUUGGCGUCAUUGUUUUGGAGGGCUGCUCAGUGCAGCUGUGCGAGUCUGAGGAGCAGUUUGCCUUUUCGCUGGUGUGGAGCGGUGAACCGGGCCUGCGCACCUACAAGCUAGCCGCAGAGGACCAGCCCAGCCAGGAGAGCUGGAUCAGGGCCCUGCUGUCGGCCAACCACGGCUACCUGGCCGCGCUGGUCAUGGAUUUGGAGAAACAGUACAAAGAAGCCAUGAAAGCAUUUCCUGGUGACCCAUCCCAGCAGUCAACACUGGCUGGCCCAAACACAGAGAGGCCAACUCAGUCGCUGAUUUGGCUGAACUCUGGGACCGCGACCCUUUCACAGUACCGAGGGCCAAGUGUGGGAGCCGGGCAAAGCUUUAGCACAAAUGAAAUGCUACAAGUUCCUCCCAUUUCCUCUAAACCAACCAAUAAGAGGUCUCCAAAACUCUGGCCCAAGAGAAAUGCAAAUGUUGUACCUAUUAAUGUCCCAUCCCCGCCCCAAGGGGAGUGGUCAGUGACUGGGUCAGGACCCAAGGUGGAAUUUAGCGAACUACACGAGGACUUUGGCAAGGAGGUGAAGGAGCUGAUUGCUGAUUGGUUGAGACGGGGACAGAAAGAUGUAAUUCAGGAAGAAGACUUAAUUGAUUUUGGUUGAUUCAGCAUGGUAUGUCACUAUAAGCAUGUAAACAGUUCAUACCAAAGGAGUCUGUACCAAUUGCAAUAAUGGAUGCCAACAUGAAUUAAUAUUUGUGAAUGUAAGAAAAUAUAUAAUGAUUAUUUUAAAAUAAAUGUUUUCAUUUGAAUUAA